GGCUCUGCAAAGCUUUGACACUGUCCAGAAACUGCUUAAGCCAUUUACCUGGAUUGUGCCUGGAGUGUUGAUGGGAGGAGAGAGAAGGAAAUCAGAAAAGGCCAGACUCCGCAAAGGAAUAAAUAUCCUUAUCUCAACUCCUGGGCGACUGGUGGACCAUAUAAAAUCCACAAAGAACAUUCAUUUUCGUCGGAUACGGUGGCUCAUUUUGGAUGAAGCAGACAGAAUCUUGGAUUUGGGUUUUGAAAAGGAUAUCACAGUGAUACUCAACGCUAUAAAUGCUGAGUGCCAGAAACGACAGAACGUCUUGCUGUCGGCGACACUCACGGAAGGUGUGACACGGCUAGCUGAUAUCAGCUUGCUCAAUCCGCUCAGGAUUUCUGUCCUGGAUGGACACCGUGGCAAGUCGGACCCAAAGGGCAGAGCAGUUCCUGAGGCCUCCCCUCUCCCAGCUGGUGGUGAGCCGGACAGCUUUGCGAUUCCGGAGAGUCUCGAUCAGCAUGUGACACUGGUUCCCAGCAAACUGAGGCUCGUCUCCCUGGCGGCCUUCAUCCUACAGCAGUGCAAGUUUGAAAAAGACCAGAAGAUGAUCGUCUUUUUCUCGAGUUGUGAGCUGGUGGAGUUCCACUACCACCUCUUCCUACAGACCCUGCAGAGCCGCUCCGGGGCCCCAGCGUCAGGGCAGCUGCCAUCUGCCUCCACGUCAUUAAAAUUCCUGCGGCUGCACGGCAACAUGGAGCAGGAGGAAAGAACAGCAGUGUUUCAAGAAUUCUCACAUUCCAAGACAGGCGUCCUUCUCUGUACGGAUGUUGCAGCUCGGGGCUUAGAUCUCCCUCAAGUCACGUGGAUUGUUCAGUACAAUGCGCCACCUUCACCUGCUGAAUACAUCCACCGGAUCGGGAGAACCGCCCGGAUUGGCUGCCAUGGGAGCAGCCUGCUCAUUUUGGCUCCUUCGGAGGCGGAAUAUGUCAACUCGCUGGCUUCUCACAAAAUCAACGUUUCUGAGAUUAAGAUGGAAGAUAUUUUGUCUGUUCUGACAAGGGAUGAUUGUUUUAAAGGGAGCCGAUGGGGAAGCCAGUCUCAUCCGGUUAAUGGGCUGCUGUCCAUUCUGGAAGUCCGCCAGGCCACAGCAGGCUUCCCAGAAAGGGGGUCUCCUCCCGGCCCAGAGUGAGUUUGGAGGCAGUGUUACAUGCUCAGCCCUGGUGGUCCCUGUCCAGAUCAUCAGCAAGGACGACUGGCUGGACCCAUCCACCCAAGACAGCAUGGAAGAAAUAGAUCUCUCUUUGUCUCCUUUCAGACACACUUAGUUCAUCUAUUUUUUAGUGUGAGUGCCAUACACGGAAGAAGAGUAAAGGUUGAGAUCAUUAGGGGGAAAAAUCUGUGUUAUCCAUGCAGUUCCAAAUGGAGAUCUGGAGCAUCCUUUCCUGCUUCUUUUCUGCCAGGCAGUCGUCCCCCCGCCCCACUCCAACCCAUGACUCGGUACGUCACAGAUACGUGUGUAUAAUGUUGCUGAAUGCAGUUUUGUCUAUGAAAUAUUAAUUAUUUGAAUAUUUUACAUUUGUUUUCUCAAGCCUAAGGAUAGACUGGAAAAUUAGAGCCGAAUAGAUCAGGCUGAAGAGUUGAGGUGAGAUUUGGUCAGUGAAUGCUAGCACAAGCAAGCAAGAGAAACAGUUAAAAGACUCAGUUGAUCAACAGUUGUUUUAAGCAAUAUUUUGUUAUGAAACAUCCCAUAUUAAUAGUUCAUUGUCAAGGGAGCGGACCGGUACCCAACCAUUCAUUGGUCGUUGCACGCUUCUUAAGCUACUUCUAGGUAGGGUUUUUUCCUGUUCCCCUGGACACUUAAUUACAGGCCCAGGACAGCAUGGGGGAGGCAGGGGGGCCGUUCCUGCGGGCAGCAGAGCAGAGCAGUUAAGGGCACGGCCUCAGGGUCGGAGUCCUAAUCUCAUUUACCAGCUCCGCGGCUCCGGGCAAGUACUGGAGCUUCCUAAGCCUUGGUUUCUUCAUAUGUCAAAUUGAGGUCACGUUAGUAUUCUUCUGGUUAGGAGAUUGGAGGAUUGAGUAAGAAAGAACCUGGAAACCCCAACACAGUUCUGAAGGGUGUUUAUCGUCAUCAUCAGUUAGUAGCAGAUGUGGAAUUCAAAGUUCAGACUCAGUGACACAAAGCCGAGUGCUUUCUGCUGUGUCACCUGGAACAUUAGCAUCUGCCUGCUCUCCAGAAAUAAGAGCAAGCAGUCAGGUCACAAAAUGAGACUGUAAAGGUUCAGUCCAAUCUCAUCUUUACUUACACUGUUUCUGGGACCGGCUCUGUUGUUGAUGUUUGUCCCUGAACCGGGCACACAUCAGUUCUGUCCAGGGAGCUGAUCGUCGAGGUCAUCUGUGGCUGGAGACCCUGCUGCGGACGUUCCCCCGGGGAGGGGGCAGAGCAGCUCCAGUGCCCUCUGCUCUUCCAGGAGCAAGCCACGGCCAUUUCUCCACCUCUGCCCUCCGGUGGCCUUGCUCUUGCUCGG